AUGUUUGCCACCGACAGUCGAAAGGUGGUUGUCGUUGGAGAUGCCAACUGCGGCAAGGCGAGCCUUCUGAGCGUCUUUGUCAACGGCAGCUUCCCUGAAGUCAGCAGUGGUGUGUCCUUUGAGGACUGCCAUGCCAGUCUGGAAGUGGGGGGCGAAGAGGUAGGCCAGCUUCCCCCCCCCCCCGACACCUCUGGCUGAUGCUUUUUUAGGUUCAUCUGACCCUCUGGAACACGUCGGGUCAGGAGGACUACCACAGACUGCGACCUCUAUCCUAUCUGGAUGCCGACGUCUACAUCAUCUGCUUUUCUAUUGACAACCGCAGUACUCUGGAGGCGGCUUCAGAGAGAUGGGCGAAAGAGGUGAGAAGCAUAGACUUGAAAUUCCCUUGGACGGCAUGGAAUUUAUUUUCUCCACUCUGAAACGGAUAUGUCAUAAUUUACAGCAUAAGUGCUGCCUAAAAGCCCAGACACGUGUUUCGUCGAUAUUCUGCGGACUGCAUGACACAGCUGCUAGGGGUUCGGCUCAUCAGUGGGUCCCCCAGCGUUCCCCGUGUGCUGUUUUGGUAGAUAUUCCAGUUUUGAGACUGCGAUUUUUUGAUUUUCUUAGAAAGUGAUCGUUCAACUGGGGGAGAUCAGUCUAGCUGAGACUUAUACAGUAGGUGGGCUAACUCAUGAAAUGGCAAUUGAAAUUCCGAAAUGUGUUUUCGUUUCGAAAAGAGCAAUUAAGUAGGGUUGUAAAACUAAUCAGCAUACAGCAUAACUUUAUAGUAAUUCAGUUGUCGCAGGAUGUCUGCUUUCGAAAGAACUUCCUUCCAGUUGCAUGCGAACUCUACACUUUGUAAAAAAUGACUACAUAUGUGGCAUAAAUUUUUCUCAUUGAUUUUCGAUGCCUUCAAAAAUUAAACUAUAUUUCUCGAAAAAUGUAUAAAAUAUUCAUUCUUUCGCUCAUUCGGUAGAAAAUAACGUCUUUUUUUCUAAUUAUAUGCCCGAAGGGGAGACAUAUUUCAAUUUUAAAAAAGUUUCUUAUUGUGGGAUCUUUAAAUACCGUGAAAUAACCGUACAUAAAACGUCAUAUUUCUGCAUUUACCAAUGUGGUUUGUAAAGUUAACAAUAUGCAUCAAAUCAACUGCUAAAUUUUAUGGAUCCUAUAGGGUCCCCUUUAGUGCCGUAGAGAAAUGUGUGGUUUUCCAUACGCGGAAACUAUAAGACUUGUAGUUUGGAAACCCCGAAUCCAAGUGUAACGGCAGGUCGCGUUCAAAAUUAUUCAAAAACGGAAAAGUGGUAACAGUCGGCAGAUGGCACCCAAAAAAAUCCGCCUAAAUAAAGCAGCCUGUCUUACGAGACAGGCGGUAAUAGGGGUUUUAUGGAUGGUGGCUGGUCGGGAUGUACGACACAAGCCAACGGAAUGUCUUAUGUGAACAGGUGAAUGAUCGAAGUUGGCCCGCUCUCCGUUCCGUUAUUACAAAAUGGGUCGCCAAAGGCAGUAUAGUGGUGACGGACGAGAUGAAGGCGUAUAAUCGUCUUCCCUCAUAAGGUUAUCUACAUUUCUCUGUCAACCACUCAAAGAACUUCAAGGACCCUACCACCGGACGGCACACCAAUGCCAUUGAGGCAUACUGGAGUAGACUGAAAACGAAACUCCACGAGGGAGGCCCUGUAUAUGGUCGAGCUGUGUGAGCUCCCAUAGACGAAGUACAGUAUCGUCUUUGGUUUGGCCUCAAUGCCAUGUCUUUGAAAGAUGUCUGGGAACUGUUUCUGUCCCAUGUUGCGCAGACUUAUCCUAUUUAAAAGUGAUUUUGUUUUGUAAUAAACUGCCAUAAUGCGAAUGUAUACCGUGUAUUAAGGUGCAGGUGUGUAACGAUGGAGAAGGUUGGUAACAGCGAUCAUUGUCCAUGUAACCUCCUGCGAUGUUCGUUCGGCCAGUCGAUAUUAGGCCGUCGCGGAAAGUCCAAGGAGUGCGUGAAAGUAGGCCUGCAGCCGCUGAUAUAGCCUGAAGGCGUUUGAGUCCACUGUUAAAGGUAUUAUUUCUAGGUAACGGAUUUUUUGGGUGCCAUCUCCCGAUUGUUACCGGAAAAGUUUUGAAAACUGAAUAAUACCCGUCCUUCGAGUAUAAGAUUGGAAGAAGACGUAAGUUUCUACCGAAUGAGCGAGAGAAUGAAUAUUUUUAUGCAUAUUUUCUAUGAAAAAAUUGGAUUUUUAGGGGCAUCAAAAAUCAAUGAGAAAAUUCAUGUAAAUUAUGUAGUCAUUUUUGCAGAGUUUAGUUUUUUCAUACAGUCGGAAGGAAGUUUUUUCGAAAGCAGGCAUCCUGCGCAACUGAAUAACUAUAAAAUUAUGCUGCAGGCUGAUUAGUUUUACAACCCUACUUAAUAUAUCUUUUCGAAACAAAAAACGCAUUUCCGAAUUUCGGUUGGCAUUUCAUGAGUUAGCCCAAAUCCUGUAGGGUCAGCCUUAACUAGGUGAUCUACACCAAGUUAAUGAUUCAUUUCGAAAGAAAUCUAAAAAACGGCAAAAGGUAAACCUUUUCUCCUGAGAUGUGAUCCAAACCUAUGAACCGACACAAGGCUUUUUACUUGACUUGGGGACUCUUUACUAGAUAUCUGGUGUGAUCUUUGUAACCACAGAGAGCAAGAAAGUAACCGUUUAGGUGCUGUAAAUCAAUUUUUAUGCUAAGGCAGGCAUAUGUUGACUAGCAGGGGAUAGGUGGGAACAAGACGUCACAUCAGCCAGUGAACACACACUCGAUACAGAGUCGAUUUCCAGGAAUGGAUUGCAGGGGGAUUUUCGCAAAGCAACAAACCGUUCUGGAAAUUUUCUGGGCGCAGUAAUCAUCUAACAAAAUUUUCCCAAAAGCUAAGAUUUUAUUUGUUCGAACCUACUUGUGUUGAACGACUGCAAUUAAAAAAGGUUACUUAUCAAGGCUCUAACCAACGGAACCGCAGGACUCCUAGCAAGAACCUUGAGUGUUUUUAAAAUUUAAGCUAUUUUGCCUGCCUACCCCACUGCAACGCAUGGAAUCAAUCAAUUCGGAUACAACAGACUGACUACCCAAAAGGGUUUUCCCAAGUAAUAAGUUUAUAAUCCACCAGACGAGUUGAGUAGUUAAUUCUGGAAGCAAAAGUAUAUGUGAUAACUACAAACAUUCAGUGGUCUCUUUCAAAGGCCUGAAAUGCCCUCUUCCCGGCCAGUUCCCCUUCACUGCGGACUGGAUUCACUCAGAAGUCGCAUUGAUUUAGCUUCUGAAAGUUACCCCUCAUGUUUCGCUGUUUGCAAACUGACCAGUUAUAAACGUAGUAUGCCUAAAGGUUUGACUGAUAUAAGGUAAGAACACGAGUUAUUGGUUCCUGCAGGAUGGCUUUCCCAACGCGGACAGGGCUAGAGAACCUACUUGUAUGCACUAAAUGUAGUAUGCUGCUGAACAAGGCCCCAGAAACCUGUGAUCCCCGGUAGCUUUCUUCAACUACAGAUGUCUGAGAAAUCCAAAAUAUUAAGGCGCUCAGUGUGCAUCAUAAUCCAAAGAACCUAUACUUUCUUGUUUAUGCCGGAGGUGAUCUGUCUCGUUGCAUCAUUAAACUGGCCAGUCGGAAUGACGGACAACUUCCUGCAAGUGGAUUGGACCGCCUUUUCAACUCAACAGACCGCCAUCACCGGGCGUAGCAAAAAGGGUCAUGUCUUUUCGAGUGCCGUUCUACAAACUGUUCUACCUGUUAGACGCGCCUUUUAUGUAGCCCCACCUGAUGGACACAAUACUGCUAGGGUUGGGUGUUAGAGUUAGCUGGUUAGGGUUGGGAUUAGAGGUUAGAGUUGGGGAUUAGGACAACUAUUUCUUGACCACGCGAAGUGCGGCCGCGCAUUCCAAAUAGCUUUUCCUUUGCAUAUUAUUACUUGACCUCAUCGCCUGUACGUUCCCCGGCCCCACCUAUAAAAUAACCUAUUACCACCGGUCCGGUAUUAUAUGUGGCUGGGGUUUGUUUACUUCAGAUGGGGCUACAGAACCAACUCUGACUACAUUAAGUGUCUACAACGAUCGCUUCUCAACUAUCUGAGCUGAGGUCAUUGUAGCUAAUCCACCUGACUGUCUACAACGACCGCUUCUCAACACUCUGAGCUGAGAUAAUUGUAGAUAAUGCGCCAGGCCGUCUACAACAGACGACCCAACCUUGUAUGAUGAAACACCAAAACGAAAUAAUUGUGUCAGAUUAAAACUCACCUAAAAAAGUAAAGUAGGUAUUUUUUGCAUGCCACAGAUGCUUGGGGUCCCUCUCCCGAUCCUUACCGGGUCAUGUCUUUUAGAAUGCCGUUCUACAAACUGUCCUGCCUGUUAGAUGCGCCUUUCAGAAGGCAGGUGCUUUGUGCCAUUUUUCUUUACCGUUUGCGUGGUAGGUUAGGAGACUCUGCCCCCAAGUCCCACUUAUUCUCGUGGGAAUGAAGAGUGACCUUCGUCAUAGCACGGAGAGGCCAAGUGCGCCCGCCCUGGUCAGUGAAGCCGAGGGAAAGGCUACGGCGUCCCACAUCGGCGCCUUUGCAUACAUCGAGUGUUCAGGUGGGUACCCAUACUGACUGCGUUAAAGAAAUUCUGCGCACUUGAAGAGGGUGAGGAUAUGACUGUUGAACGGAUUUAAAUCCUGUAAUAAUUCAGACAGUUACUGGUCUUUGACGUCACCUGGAGAUUCAGUAAAAGUUGGCAAAAUAUCACGUGCAUUAGUUACAACCAGGCCUAGUAGCCGUUUGUAAUUUGUGCUUUGAUUGAUGCACUUUGCAUAAUCAGAUGUGGAGCGAAUGACGCAUAACGUAGUUACAUGAUUUGUUCUACAAAACAACUUUCGAGACCUAUAUUUGGACCUAAAAUCUGUGCAUUCUAGCCUUAACACUGAAAUCAUUUGCCUGAACUGCGCGAAAACAAUAAGGGAUACUGUUAUCUCGGCGGCUUGGUCGUAGAUCUGGUUUCACUUUGUGCCAACUUCUUUUAGAAAAGUCGGCUCUCAUUUUGAAACCUUAAGCCAGGAUGAGCUGCCUAUUAAUUCUUAAGAGUAGGGAAGAUGACGACUAGGCCGCUGAGAAUUAUGAUGGCAAUGAAGCAUUGGGAACAGCGGUAACACGCAAUGAAACACCACGUCUCUCAGAGCGACUUGUACGAGACCCGAACCGUAUCUUUGACGAGGACUUCUAUACUGGUAGCGGACGACAUUUAUCUAGUAGUCAGCUGGCAAGAUAAAGGAACACCCAGGUGUUUAAUGCUUCUGCCACGUUACCUGACCAACGUACUGUUUGAGCCCGUCUGUGCAUUUAUGCUGUCAAGUUACACAGACUUGUCACGUAGUUGCAUAUGUCUACUCAUCUCUAACCAGUAAAAUUUGAAACAAUCGUAGACGGUGCGACAUUCGAAUGUCACAAAGUCUCAUGUUCCUGCUUCCUGCAAGAAUAUAGUUACAAACGGUGGAACUGGAGAAUUGGAAUGUCCAUCCCCUAUUGGGGGGAACGGUAGGACUAACUUGUGUGGAACCCUAGGCAGGACAUAAGAAAAGGAACCGCCUACAUCAAGGGCGGCUUUGGAUUAACUUCCAGUUAACGUAGGGUUAGAUUUAAGGCAAAGGACAGAGUUAAGUUAAGGAUUGGGUGUAAGGCCAGAUUUAAAGUUAAUGGUAACGUAAGCCGAGAUUAAGUUUAGGGACAAGUUGGGGGCUAGUUGAUAGAAGCGAACAGGCGAGUUCCAGGUAGCAGUUCAUAAAACAAAGAUGCGAUUGCUGGAACAAGAAAUUUAUUGGCCUGACGUUUCGGAUUCUCACUCGAAUCCAUCAUCAGAGGCGUUGGCAGAUAAAGGUAAUGGUGGCACAAGGAGUGCAGUAUUUAUAUCACGUGGCUGCUGUGGGACUGUAUGAGCACUGUAAUUUACAGCCCUUACAAUCACCGCUGGCAUCGUAAUUGAUGCGAUGGUGGCUUGUCAGUCCGAGUCCGAGUCGUUAAUGGCCGUGAUUUCGUCAUCGGUGCUGGAUGCUGGUGUGACGAUGGCUCGGCAAAUUGGCUCACUGUCACUGAGAUAAUUACUCGCCCGCGCCCUUCCCACGUGACUGAUUCCCCUGCACAGGGCAAAUCUCAGCACGGAAUAUGGUACCUGGAGGUCAUUGCGCUUGGUAAUUGCACUCCUUGUGCCACCAGCACCUUUAUCUGCCAAUGUCUCUGAUGAUGGAUUCCAGCGAGAAUCCGAAACGUCAGGCUAAUAAAUUUCUUGUUCGACCGAUCGCAUCUUCGUCUUCUGUGGGGGCUAGUGUCAAUUGAAAAGUUAUGAUUAAGGGUAGGGUUCGGGUCAAGAUUAGGACAACGGUUUAGUUUUAUGUAAGGAUUAUUGUUGAGGUUAGGACACGGGAACCUUUUGCCCUUUCCGGAAUUAUGCGCAGGUGCACCUCAAUUAUUUGGGCGGGGUAUUCGUAAUUUAACACCCUAUAUAGACGUCCACAUAGGUCACUCCCUCACUUGCGCUAAUUUCUAGGUAAAUCAAAGCUACUUUAAGCUGCCAUAACUGUGAAAACCCCCGUAAACUUGGAGGGAUUCAAACCCACGACAGGCAGGGGAAAGCUUGAAUAUAGCCAACGCGCUAACCAACUAAGCGACGAGACUCCACUGACAGCUGUUAGUUUAAUCCCAUUUGGGUAUAUUAACCGGCUUAACCUAGUGCAACGUAUGAAGUUGACCAAAUUUGACACAGUAAGCCGAUUGCUCAACUAGAAGUCCCUAAGUAAUCAAUCCAGAAUCUACUGGGCUCACUUAAUUAAUAGGUUAAUAGGGUUAAGUCUAAGGUCAGAGUCAGGGUUUGAGCUGGAGUAUGACACGGGAAUAUUUAGAAGACGAAGAAGAUGCGGUCACUGGAACAAGAAGAUCAUUCGUCUGCCGUGCUGCAAUACUGCGCGACUCGCCAGCUCUGUGUGAACCGAGGGUUUAUAUGAAGCACACCUCUGCAACACAUUAUUGUCGAGACACCUGUGCAGAAACCGAAUCUGCGCAUAUGUAGACGACUCACGAAGGGCAAAUGUUUCCCACCGUCAAGCCGAUCGGAGCGCAUCGCGUCCAAAGGAUUGCUGAUAGACGCGGGCAGGCGAGUUAUAGGAAGCAGUUCAGUUUUCUUUUUCCAGUGAUCGCAUCUUCUUCUUUUUAACUGCUUCCUGAAACUUGUCUGUUCGCUUCUAUCAACGGGAAUAUUUUCCUUUCUGGUAUAUUGCGUGAUGUCACAUGUACUGUCGGGUGGGGGUUCUCACUCCGGUGUCUUACCUUGAUAAUUGCGUGCAGUCGCCAGUCUCGCCCGGUAGAUCGGGGAGAUUGACGUUUAGAUUCCGUCUCGGAACAAGUGUUUUCUGGAUGUCUGGGAUCUCUACUUUGUUACAGCCUGCUAGAGAGUGUAAACUGACCGUCGACUGUCAUUUCGCUCGAAGUAGUUUAAGGAAACAAAUAUGCGCCCUCCUAUACAAAAUAUGACCAAUACUCAAAUAAAGUUAAUUUACAUUUGGAGAAAGCCUUGUCUUGGUGAGGACUACGAAGACACGACGACCCUCUCUCAUUUCCCCUUGUAGCAAGGCUCAGUCAGCAUGUCCAGGAGGUUUUCGAGCUCGCCGUGAUGGCUUCGAACAGUCGAUCAAAAGGACAUAAACGGAUUCUCCCACGGUAAUAUGGCCUAUUUUUCUCUAAUCCUCAAGGACGAGGAUAGGAAAAAAACCUUCAGAAAUGAAAUCCGCGAGCCGACAUAACGGGGAGAGCUCGAUUGGCGGAGAGAAUGCCAGCAGCAAUGGGGCGGUUUGA